CUUCGGCAAUCCGAGGUAGUCUUUGCAUUUGCUGAGAGCCUACAAAAACCUUUUCUUUGUUCCACCGCUCUUACCUAUAGGAGGCUUGUCAGAGGAUGUGGUUGUAUGUGGUUGCAGCACGAAAGGCUUGCUUUCAUUCCAGCAGGCGGUUUGGCCGUUCCGAUGCGCUUCUCGGAGCUGCUUAUAACGGUGCCGAUCGUUUCGCUGGUGGAAAUUUGGUCAUCACGGAGAAGGACCGAUCUUCUCUUUCGCGACAUCGAAGUGCGAGCUUUUCCUCCCAGUCUUCUGGAGGCGGUCGCGGAAACAACCGGAAUGGUGGUAGGGGUUACGGCGGGCGUGGUACAGGUCGUGGCAACAGCAACAAUCGUAACCAACCCUACCAAAAGCCUCGUGAUCCGAGCAAUCGCUCACAGAAUUUUGACGAGCGCGUGCUACAGCCCGCUGCCCGUGGUGAGCUUUUUAACAAACAUGAUUCGGGUAUUCCUCGAUUGGCAGCGCGGAAAAACAAGGCCCGCUUAGAUCCCGUCAGGCAUCGUGACAAGAAUCAAGUGUACCAAGAUACGGAAGAUGAAUGGCUGAGUGAAUUGGGCCUAAACAGCGGGGAUGGAGGCCGUCGCCAGCAAGUGGAAGCGAUGCAAGCGGGCAUGCUAGAAGAAGACGAUGAUGAUGAUGACAAUAUUUUCGGACCGACCUCGGAUGAUGAUUACUUUGACUAUAGUUUGAUUGACGAAAACAAGUACUUUUGGAGUGAAGAAGAAGUCGAACAAGUCGUAGAGCCUUUAGACGACGACGAUCUAGAUGAGAAUGGUGAAUUUGAAAUGGAGUAUCUGGAAAAGGAUUCCAAGUUUCCAGGUUUGCCUUUUGAAGACGAUAGCGAUAUAGGUUUGGACCCCGAUGCAGAUAGAAUGGAACGUAAGGAAAUCGAAGAUGAAACCAGAGGCCGCGGUAAUUUCAGGACGGGUGGAGCACGCGAUGAGCCCAUGUCUGGCGAUCCAGAAUCCAAUUUUUUCUCAAAUCAAUUUGACGCGGUGACCGCAGCUGCAAUGCCAGAUAGCAAUUUUCAGGAUAAACUGCCCGACAAAUCCGAGGAAUUGAAAAUUCUACCCUUGCGGAACACAGGGCCCGGCUUCGACGACUUCUUAGAGGCCAUGACGAAUCAUCCAGCAGAAUAUGCGAAGACCGAGUAUCUCAACGAACACGCUGAUAGUCGUCGCGAGCCCAAACCUUACUUUGGGAAAGAUCGCCUCAACCCUCCGCUGACUUUUGUGGAACGAUAUUCUCGUUUUUUGUACGUCUCAGGUCUACCACCAUUGUUCGUUCAUGAAGAAUUAGGAAAUUUGGAAAACACUGUUCACAGCAAAAUGAUGCAAAAAACCAUUGGAGAGCUUGCAGGAGUGGAUUCGAGCCAGGUAUUUCCCGCUAGUAUAACCUCAGGAUUUGUCGGCUUUCACUCGCCAAAAGAACUUGCCUUUGUACUGGAAAAGGGACCCAGUGAGAAAGUCAGGAUGGGCGAGCCACGUCUUUCGAAGUAUCAGCCUUCCGAACACGAACCUGAAUUUACGAAAUUAAAACCAGAGUGCAUUGUGCAAUUAAGCCAAUUCUGCCCGGGUCAUUCAUCUGCCUCUUUACUGCAAGAGCUUUUUCCAGAAGGCACCGAAGUGAAGACAAUUUACGGUGACGUCAAACCCGAAGAUAUCUACUUCUUGUCCCCGUCGACGGCUUUGAUCCGCUUCUCAUCGGAGGAAGAGGCGAAUUCGGCCGUGGAAUCAAUGAUGAUUCAAGACCGCCUUCAAGAACUUGGAAAAUUUCCCGUCCGUUUCUUUCGUGCUCGUCGAGAGCUGGUCCAUAUUGGCUUCGGGGGUUCAGCGAACUUAAACGAAAGGCGUCGCCAAGGUCCACGCUUGAUUUUGGACACUGAAAUGCCCCCUAAAAACUUUUAUAUUUCACAUGCGAAUACGAUUCAUGUCAAGAAUCUCGAUGUGUCAACUACUAAAGAAGAAAUAUCGAAGGCAUUUCAGCCUUUUUGCGAAAUGCGGCGCGACAUCAAGAAUUCUGUUGAGUUGCUGUUGUGCGAAGGUGGUCUACCGACUGGAGAGGCGUACGUUGGUUUUGAUUUACCUGGUGAAGCCGAGGCUUGUAUUAAAGCGGGAAGUGGUCGAAUCGAUAUCGGCAAUCGACUAGCCGUAAUGCGGCUGGUCAAAGACCGUAAAGUCCCCAAUCGACCUGAGCUGGCACCGCAGAAGCGGUUGGCGCGUUCUGAAGAGGAGCUUUUGGAAGACUUACACGGUUGGGAACGAUACGUGGAUCCGGCUGACAUAAAGCUGUUGGAAGAAGGGGGGGUGCCUCGAUCAUUUUUGAACGAAGCUCUCCGGGGAAUUCGUUACACCAACCCCACUUUUGGGUCUCUCGACCUUGCUAUACGCAGUGAAGCUAUCCAGCCCGAUCUAGCUGCAGGAGAGCUUUACAAGAACUUGGUCCAAGAAUAUGUUGCGACUCUAAUUGAGUGCCUGUCUACACGUGAUGAUGUGGGUGAGCCGUACAAGAGUUUGCAUUUUCCUGAUGAACCAAUCGAUUUGAGUAUCUUCGAUGCUGAAGAAAAGCGACAAAAGGAACUAGAGGAAAGGCGAGCUAAUCCAAUCUAAUGGCGAAGCAUAUGAGAAUC